GGUUUUACUCAUUCAGGAUGGAGUUCCUUCUUUGUCACCUGACUUCUUACCAUAUUAAAUAUCUAUUUUCUGCUAUCUAAACUGAUAUUCUUGAAGCUAGUGUGACAAGGAUCAGGCAUCUCAAUACUUAAAAAUGUUCUUUGAGUUCUUCUAAAGGAACUUUCAGAUUGUUGUUCAGUCUUUCUGCAUUCUUUAACUUCUUUUCAGAUACAUGCCUCUAGAAACUGAGAAACUGGGAUUAUGUUAUUUUUGUCUAACACCGAUUAAUGAGCCUAUACACCUGUGUGAAAGGCAAGUCUCCCAUCUAAAAGCUAUGUGCAAGUCUCUGUGCAGCUCCAGACUGUAUCUUCUGUAAAGCCUUGUGGAAGAUAGAUGUGUGUGCUGCAAUGGUGACAUAAAUAUUUCAGAGGACUUGAACAAGUUGAGAAUCUGUGUUUGUUUUUAAUGCUGCUGUCGAGAACAAUCUAAGGCAAGUAAACAACAUGAGUUUUAUCAUGAAACUUCACAGACAUUUUCAAAGAACAGUUAUUUUGCUGGCCACUUUUUGUAUGGUGAGCAUAGUUAUUUCUGCGUACUACUUGUAUAAUGGCUACAAACAGGAAAAUGAACUUUCUGAAAUCUCUUCAGAAGUGGAAUGUGGUGAUCCUCAACUGUUGCCAUACAAGCUGAUGGAAAUGAAGACCAUGAAGCCUAUUGAUCCUCUGAGGACAGAUCUUGUAGUGCUGGUGUUUGUGGAAAGUCAGUACUCAACAUUAGGCCAAGAUAUAAUAACCAUUUUAGAGUCUAGCAGAUUUCAGUUUCACAUUGAAAUUGCACCUGGGAAAGGUGACCUCCCAGUGCUUAUAGACAAAAAUAAAGGCAAAUAUGCUCUCAUAGUAUAUGAAAAUAUUCUGAAGUAUGUGAAUAUGGACUCUUGGAACAGAGGCCUUCUAGAUAAGUACUGUAUAGAAUAUGGUGUAGGUGUUAUUGGAUUUCACAAAGGCAAUGAGAACAGCUUGCAAAGCUUUCAGUUGAAGGGCUUUCCUUUCCAUGUCCACAGCAAUCUGGGUGUUAAGGACUGUUGCAUUAACCCUCAUUCCCCACUGCUCCAUGUGACUAAAUCUUCUAAGCUUGAGAAAGGUCCCUUGCUUGGAAAUGACUGGGUGGUUUUCCAGAUUAAUCAUACAGCUUAUCAACCAGUGAUAUUUGCAAAAGUAAAGACACCAGAAAACCUUUCACCACCUGCUGCUAUAAGUGCUCUCUAUGCCACGGUAAUUCAUGACCUGGGGCUCCACGAUGGGAUUCAACGAGUCCUUUUCGGCAAUAACUUGAAUUUUUGGCUGCACAAGCUGAUUUUCAUAGAUGCCGUCUCUUUCCUGUCUGGAAAGAAGCUCAGACUGUCCUUGGAUAGGUACAUUCUGGUUGACAUAGAUGACAUCUUCGUUGGGAAGGAGGGAACAAGAAUGAACACCAACGAUGUACAGGCCCUGCUUGACACUCAGAAUCUCUUGAGAGCUCAGAUUACAAAUUUUACUUUCAACCUGGGAUUUUCAGGGAAAUUUUAUCACACAGGCACUGAGGAGGAAGAUGAAGGUGAUGACCUGUUGUUGAGGUCUGUAGAUGAGUUUUGGUGGUUUCCCCAUAUGUGGAGUCACAUGCAGCCUCACCUCUUCCACAAUGAGUCAUCACUGGUGGAGCAGAUGAUCCUCAACAAAAAAUUUGCCUUAGAACACAGUAUUCCAACUGAUUUGGGCUAUGCGGUGGCUCCACACCAUUCUGGAGUCUAUCCAGUACACGUUCAACUUUAUGAUGCCUGGAAAAAGGUCUGGAAUAUCAGAGUUACCAGCACAGAAGAAUACCCACAUCUGAAGCCUGCAAGGUAUAGACGAGGCUUCAUCCACAAAAAUAUCAUGGUGCUUCCUAGGCAAACUUGUGGCUUAUUCACCCACACAAUUUUCUAUAAAGAGUAUCCUGGAGGCCCGAAGGAACUAGACAAAAGUAUUCAAGGAGGAGAGUUGUUCUUCACAGUGGUUCUUAAUCCAAUCAGCAUCUUCAUGACACAUUUGUCUAAUUAUGGAAAUGACCGCCUGGGGUUAUACACCUUUGUGAAUCUGGCCAACUUUGUUCAUACCUGGACAAACCUGAAACUGCAAACUCUUCCUCCAGUUCAGCUGGCUCGCAAGUAUUUUGAACUAUUCCCAGAGCAAAAGGACCCUCUCUGGCAGAAUCCCUGUGAUGACAAACGGCACAGAGAUAUCUGGUCUAAAGAAAAAACCUGUGAUCGAUUACCAAAAUUCUUGGUUGUAGGACCCCAGAAAACUGGUACCACAGCCUUGUAUUUGUUCCUGAUCAUGCAUCCUUCCAUCAUUAGUAACUCCCCCAGCCCAAAAACCUUUGAGGAGGUACAGUUCUUUAAUAGAAAUAACUACCACAGGGGGAUUGAUUGGUACAUGGAUUUCUUCCCCACUCCUUCUAAUGUCACCACUGACUUCCUCUUUGAGAAAAGUGCCAACUAUUUCCAUUCUGAGGAAGCUCCUAAGCGAGCUGCUUCCCUCAUCCCCAAGGCCAAGAUCAUCACCAUCCUUAUUGACCCAUCCGAUCGGGCGUAUUCCUGGUAUCAGCAUCAGCGAUCACAUGAAGAUCCUGCAGCUCUAAAGUUCAGCUUCUAUCAGGUGAUCACAGCUGGACCUCGAGCCCCAUCUGAGCUUAGAGCUCUCCAGAAGAGAUGCCUAGCGCCUGGAUGGUACGCUACCCAUAUUGAAAGAUGGCUAACUUACUUCCCACCUUAUCAGUUGCUAAUUAUUGAUGGACAGCAGCUGAGAACUGACCCGUCUACCGUAAUGGAUGAAGUACAGAAAUUUCUGGGAGUCUCUCCUCAUUAUAAUUACUCUGAAGCCCUAACAUUCGAUUCACAUAAAGGUUUCUGGUGUCAGCUCCUGGAAGAAGGAAAAACAAAGUGUCUUGGAAAGAGCAAAGGUAGAAAAUACCCUCCUAUGGAUUCUGAGUGCAGGGCUUUUCUGUCAAGCUACUACAGAGAUCACAAUGUGGAACUGUCAAAACUUCUACACAAAUUGGGACAACCCCUGCCAUCGUGGCUGAGACAGGAACUACAGAAAGUAAGAUAGCAUUGAAAAAAGGCUUUUUGAAAUCUCUCUUCCACGCUUCAGUCAUCAUGCCUAAGUCUCCAGUAGCUACCAGAAGGUCUUGUAAGAUAUACCUCUUCAAAAAUGAGUAAAAGAUAGAAAUUAUUUCCAUAUGCUGGCAUGUGGAUUGUGAAAAUACAUGUGUUUCUUAGAGCUCUGGUGGGCCAAAACUUUCUCAUAAACAUUUCUGGCCCUGUGGACUUGUGGACUACUGUGCACAUACAUGGAAGUUAUUUGCAACUGGUAUAAGCUUCAGAGAUACACGACCUAUCCAAUUUCACGGUAAAUAUUUACCUUAUUAUAUAUCAGUUUAAAAGUAUUGUGUCUCAUGUAGGUUCUGUAGCCCAUUGUUUGACAGUUUUUCUUACUAUUUGAUUAUUGCCUCGCAUAAAAUAAGAAAACUUAAUGUAGCACAAAAUGCCAAGUGUACUUCUGCCUUUGCUAAUACGCAAAGUAUAUACUAACAAGGGUGAGAAGUACUGUUAUCAUAUAUGAUUUAAAAUACACAAAGCAAAAUCUGGAAGCCACAGGCAAAAGCAGUGUAGGAAAAAACAAACACACACACAAACCAUUAUCUAUGAUUAUAGCCUGUAACAACAAACCCUUAGAAAGUGGUAAGGGCGUUUGUCUAUAAUUACUAUGUUUGAUUUUGUACUAACUGAAAUGACAAAAUACAGAAUAUAGUCAUUAUCUGAAAAGAAAUUUAAUUGGACAUGUGAAGCACAAAAGUCGCAGUAUAAACUUUAUGAGCAGUAUUAUACUUCAACAGUUGUGAACCAAAUUGAAGCAGUGCAAUGAACAGGCUUUCACUCCUGACUUCUGUGAGCAGUCAGAUCUGGAUACUGCACUCAGGGCUUACAGCGCUGUGAAUCAGGAGUGAUUCCACUGAAAUGCACUAAAAACUCAUAAAGAGCAGAAACAGAACCAUACUUAGAUCGCCUUAAUUUGCACCACUAUUUUUUCCUCAAUUUAUUUGCCUUCAAUCUAUGCUUUGUGUAUUCCAAGAUUCCUCAACCUGAUCAAAAUCGUAGCAUAUUUCAGUAACCUUCAGUUUAUGUCAGCUGCAAAAAUCUAUCAGAUUUUCAGAUUAAAAUAGAGGUUCUGGAUCCAGACAUUUUAAACAUGUUUGGUGUUCUAUACUAGGAAUAAGCUUUAGGGGGAAAAAAACAAACACAGUUGUGUAAUCAUGGUAGAAAAUUACACUCUAAUCAUGGAAAACAAAAAAAUAUCCAGCCUUACAUUUAUGUGAUACAUUUCAAUGGUACAUCUCGCAAUGCAUCAGUUUAGAUGUGAGAUAAAGUCUAAUUAAUUGUACUUAGAAGCUGAGAGAGAAAAAUCAAUGAAAACUUCAGCUGAGUAUGGCCUUAAUGCUUCUCCACUGAACUUUGGCUCUGAGUGUUUCUAAAGGCAUGAAGAGGUAGUGAAAACAAAAGAGAACUACAGUACUAACUAAAUGCAAUGCUUUUUACAGUAGCUCUAUAAUGUUGUCAUAAUUUGUUUUAGGGUGAAUAGUUAAAAACAUGCAUCAAAUGGUGGAAAAACUUUCUAUGUCUCAGUGCUGUUUUACGACAUUUAUGUAAUCAUAUAAUUUAACUUUCAAGGUAAUGGAAUGGAAACCAGUCUGUUAUUCCCUAAAUAGAAAGCAGAUGUUGAAAUCCUUACUGUACCUCUAACUGGUAAUCUUUAUUAUUUAUUGAUUUUGUCUAUGUAAUACGUGGUUUUGAUAGGCCUGUAAAGAAAAAAUCUAGACAAAUUUGCUGUAUAUAACAAUAUUCUUUACGCAGCACAUUUUUGCUAAGGGAAUAUGCAUGAUUAAUGAUGAGGACCUACUAGAGUAGACAUUUUUAAAGAUGAACAUCUUUAUUAUUUAUUAGACAGAAUGAGAAUUUUCAUUUCACUUUAAAUAUUCACUGUCAUAUGGAUUUGUCCCAAAAGCUGACUUGUCUUAAAAUACUUCUUAUUUGAUAAAAGAAACACUCUGGAUUCUGAACAUCUGUAAGAGCAAAUACUCUGCAUGCUGUGGACAGCUCAUAUGUCCUGCAAGGAUCUAUAUGGAUUUCUUAAAACUAAAUUGAAUAACUGGAGAAAAUACCUGGGGUUUUUGUCCUGGUAUGAUUGAUUUUACCCUUGAUAUAACCUGAUAAGAUAUCACUCAAACAUUUAUUUAAAAUCCACAGUGAUUGCAUGAAGCUCCUGUUUUGUGCACUGCUGCCUCAGUUACUUCAUGUUCUUCAGUGCAUCAAUUAUAAAACAGAAGAAAAUAGGAAAAAUCUUGGGUACUAUCAAGUGCCUUAAGUUUUCAUGGUGAGAGGACCCUCUGCAUAGAAAUUCAAGUGAAUUCAAGUGCCUCCUAUGUGCAGGAGGAAUGGGCUUCAGCCACAUUCAUAGUUCAUUCUUUGUGUUCAAGAAAUCCCUUUUCUGUCUUCUUUCUCUGGGAAAUCAAAGCCCCCACAGAAUGAGAACGAGUGGGCAGUCAAGGACAGAGUGGUGAUAGGGACAUGCCUAUCAGUUGCAUUGUCCCUCCAGAAAUUUUACAGCAGACUAGGUGACAUGUCUCAGAUCUGUGGACUACUUCUGUGAAGUCCUCUCUGAGGUACAGCAAGGAGCCCCCUACAACUGUUGGUGAUCUGGUAAAAGAGCCCAACUACAGUCACCAUGCAGCACAGGGAGGAUAAGCCCCCCACAUGCAUGGCAUUAGCCUUGGGUGGACUAGGCUUGGUCUGGCAACUAAACACAAAGCUCCACCUCCAGGAAGGAAUGCCAUGGUGGCUCUCAAGUGCUGAUGAGGAACAGCAGGGUGGAGCUCUCUUAUUGUCCCAGUGCCCUUCCUAAGGGGGGAACUAGGAACAAAAUGAAUGAGUUCCUAGGCAUAUCUACAGUGGAUUCUUGUAGUAACUUUACCUGAAUCAAUACUUACAAGCAAAGUAGUUCAACCUUUUGGUCCUGGAACUGUGCAUCUGAAAGGGCAUGAUCUUGAAUGAGCCUAAGUCAAAGCUCCUGUUGAGAUGGAGCUGUUAAGCGCUAGCAUUUUUUUAGAAAAGGUGCUGCAGGAUUAGCUUCUUGUACACUAGGUGGGCUAGUCUCAGGCAGAGAAUCAAUAGAGAAGUAAAGGCAAACUGCUGGAGCUCUUUGCAGUUCUGAAUUUCUGAUAUUCACUUAUUACUUGCUUAUAGAAAGAUGGUAUGAAGCCAAUUUUGUUUUUCUCCAGAACCAUUCUAUUUAAAUAUGUCCUUACAUUUAAGAGGAGACUUUAAAAAACAGAAUGACUUUUAAUGUGCAUACUGCUUGGUGAAGAAUGGAAGAGUGUGAGCAAAGCAUGCAGACAACAGCUAGAUGUGUUAUUCCCCAAAUCAUAGGAUGCACAUGAGUACAGCUGAGUAAGCAGUCAUACAACAUGAAUUAUCUGACAAAGUUUAACCUCUUCUAUUCACAUCUUACCUACAAUCAGUGUUUGAUUUCCAGAAACAGACUAUCAAUAUUAACACUUAAAAAACACUGAUUCGUUACAAUUAAUUUAUAUUUGCUAAUCAAAGUUAGAUGUUUUAUAGUGGUUGGUAACACAGCCAUGGUUUCUUUUCCCCUGGUAGAUAACUGCACAAGCAAUUUCUUUAACAAAUGCUUGAUUAUGUGAGCUUCACAUCUAUUUUCAUAAAUAUGAUUCUGAAAUUUGCUUUCUGCAGACAUCUGUGCCAUUUAAAAUCAGUAUGUGAUUUUGAGCAGAAAGUGACCAUUAGGGGGGUUGUAAACACAGAGCCUGAUAUGAAAUCACUUAAUUAUUUGAGCAAACAUUCCUGAAAAUACUGUGAUACUUUCCCAGUUCUACUUGUGCAGAAAGAAUUAGUUUCAAUGAUUUGCAGACUAUCUUGUACAGAAUAUCCUUUUUCAUUGCUUAAAAAUGUGAAACUUCCUCAGGAAGAAAUUAAAUAGAUAUUUCAAUGUUUAUAGAUGUAAUACUCUUGUCAUUCACAUUGAAUGAAAAUUGCUGGAAACAUUUUUCUCAAAGUUUUUUAAAAUAAAAAAUAGAUAUUAUUCUGAUAGUGGCAUGGUAUCUGAAGUGCAACAAUAAACUCUGAUAAGAAAAUGUAGGUCUGUGUGGAAGUGAUUUUUAUGUUCACAAAAGUUGUCCUUUUCCAGGUUUGUUAGCAGAUAUUGCAGCUUGACACUGAUCUACAACACAAUCCAGGAGCAUGGGAACAGCAUGAUAUGUUUUCAGAAAUGAAAAAUAUUGCUUACUGUCUCUGUGAGUGAAUAUUACUGCACUAUGCAGCUGCUCUUUUUACUGCUUUUGCUUCCUGCUUACUUUUUAUUUCUUGUGCCAGAAAUUGCUAAUGUGCUGUAGAAACAUUUCCAGAGCUUGCUAUUUUUAAGAUAACA